GAUUUGCUUGAUAUCCACAGCUCUAUUCCUUACAAAAAUUUGAAAGAUCCUGAUCAUCGUUUUGUUUCUUGAAGUUAAUCAUGGGUGAACUUGCACAAGUACGUUCUUCACCCUUUUUGGACCGAAACCAACAGGACUACGAAGAUCAGCCUUCCUUUUCAAGCGAAGGGGACACGAAUCACGUGUCUCCUUCUCUGUCAUCGCCGGGUGUGAGCUCGAACCCGGGUGCACCGGAGGUAGGCGAUUUCCCCGAUGCAACUCUCAGGCUGAUAAACCAGAUGCUCAUGGAAGAAGAUGGUUUGGAAGACAAGCCAUGUAUGUUUCAACAGUGCUUGGCUCUCCAAGCCACCGAGAGAUACUUCUACGAUGCUCUUGGUAGGGAAUACCAUCCUCCUUCCAAUCAAAACCCAGACGGCUUAUAUUCCCCUCAUUCCAGUAGUGAAAGUAGCAAUAGCAUCGGUCAUGUCGACAACUUCGUGGACCAGUCCGAUUGGCUUCUUGAUCGAGAGAAACAGGAUCAAGAUUUUUACUCUGAGUAUACCUUUGAGUCCAUUUUGAAGUCGAUCGUCCCUUCGAAUGGGACUAGUGAUGGGUCAGUGGAGUCCCUUUUAGUUAGUCCAUUACAGAUUCUAGAAUCCUCCAAUGGGAGCGUGGGAGAAAAAGAUGAGAAUAACAGGGAAGAGUCGCCGAAUAGAUCAAGGGAAAAGAAGACUCAUGAUCGAGACGACGGAGGCGAUUCUACGGAUGGUGGCAGGGGUAACAAGCAAUUUGCUAGUUCUGCUCAAGAGUCCGAUGAGGGAUUCGAGCUGUAUGAUAAGGUCUUACUCUGCCCUGGCUUGAAUCCGCUUUUGCAUCAGGACUCCUCGCCAUGUCUUGUGCAUGAUCCUGAUGCCUCCCCGGCUGGGGUCGACAGGAAAUUGCAGCAGAAUCAAGAUGAGCCCGCAAAAAGGUCCACCGUAGGAGGACGAAGGCGUGUGAAGAAAGAUGGUGACAAAAAAGAAGUGGUGGAUUUGAGGACACUCCUAUCUCAGUGUGCGCAAGCUGUUUCAAACACCGACACCAGGAAUGCCUACGACAUCUUGAGUCAGAUCAAACAACACUCUUCUCCUUACGGGGAUGGAAUCGAAAGAUUGGCACAUUAUUUUGCAAAUGCACUUGAGGCACGUUUGGCUGGCACUGGAACAGCAUUCUAUGCUGCUUCCACGACCAAAGGGAUUUCAGCUGCUGAUAUGCUGAGAGCAUAUGAGGUACUUGUCAAUGCGUGCCCUUUCAACAGGAUGUCUAAUGGGUACGCAAAUAGAUCGAUCGCAGCACUAGUUCAGGAUUCACAAAGGCUUCACAUUAUUGACUUUGGUAUCCUAUAUGGGUUCCAAUGGCCUUGCCUUAUCCAGAAAUUGUCCAUGAGGCCCAGCGGGCCACCUAGGCUUCGAAUUACGGGAAUAGACUUUCCUCAACCCGGUUUUCGCCCAUGUGAAAGGAUUCAGGAAACAGGGCGAAGACUUGCGACAUACUGUGAGAGAUUUGGCGUCCCAUUUGAGUUCAAUGCCAUAGCGAAGAAAUGGGAAACUAUCAGUCUUGAUGAUCUCAAGAUUGAGCGUGACGAGGUUCUUGUAGUCAAUUGUAUGCUCAGGCUAAGGAAUCUGCCGGAUGAGACAGUGGGAGAGGAUUGUCCGCGGGAUAUUGUUCUUAACUUGGUGAAGAGGAUCAAUCCGGACAUGUUCACCCACGGAAUUAUAAAUGGGGCGUAUAAUGCCCCUUUCUUCGGCACACGAUUCAGGGAGGCAAUCUUCUACUUCUCUGCAUUGUUUGAUAUGCUUGACACCACUGUACCGCGUGAAAACGAGGGGAGGCGGUUGUUUGAGAAAGAGGUGUGGGGAAGGGAUAUUAUGAACAUAAUUGCAUGUGAGGGUACUGAGAGGGUUGAGAGGCCCGAAGUGUACAAGCAGUGGCAAGUCAGGAACAUGCGAGCUGGUUUCAGACAGCUCCCGUUGAACCGGGCGAUUUUGAGGGACUUGAAGGGUAUUGUGAAGUCGCAUUACCAUAAGGAUUUUGUGGUGGAUGAGGAUGGGAAAUGGAUGCUUCAAGGAUGGAAGGGUCGGAUCAUGUUUGCUCUCUCUUGUUGGAAGCCUACCAACGAAUUUUAUGCAAAUUCUCAGUCAUCAUCUGCCAUCAUCGCGUAUAUGCUAAGACCACUCAUCUGGAUCGACCUAUCCCCUUCACUGACGAAAUCGUCAAACCCUCAAUUGUUGUAUUUGACUUGCUACUUUGCAUCCUUUCGGUACCACCUUUCCUCUAUUGUCGAUUUUCUUGAUAUCCAUAUCCACUCUCUUUACCACAAAAAAAAAUUAAAAAAAAUCUGUAAUCUGCACCUAAUAGAUCAUCCACAACUCUGUUUUGGUACGAUUUGGGAUCCUGAUCGUUUUGUUUCUCGAAGUUUAAUCAUGGGUGAACCUGUACGAGUAUGUUCGGCUCCUUUUUUGGACCGAAACCAACAUGACUACGAAGAUCAGCCUUCCUUUUCGAGCGAAGGGGACGCGAAUCACGUGUCUCCUUCAUCGUCGUCAUCGGGUGUGAGUUCGAACUCCGAUGCACCGGAAGAAGGCGAAUUCUCCGAUGCAACUCUCAGGCUGAUAAACCAGAUGCUCAUGGAAGAAGAUGGUUUGGAAGACAAGCCAUGUAUGUUCCAGCAGUGCUUGGCUCUCCAAGCCACUGAGAGAUCCUUCUACGAUGCUCUUGGUAAGGAAUACCAUCCUCCUCCUCCUUCCAACCGAAACCCAGGUGAGGAAUAUUCCCCUAAUUCCAGUAGCGAAAGUAGCAAUAGCAUCGGUUAUGUUGACAACUUGGUUGACCUGUCCAAUUGGCUUCUUGAUCGAGAGAAACAGGAUCAAGAUUUCUACUCUGAGUAUACCUUUCAGUCCAUUUUGAAGUCGAUCAUCCCUUCGAAUGGGACUGGUGAUGGGUCAGUGGAUUCCCGUUUAGUUAGUCCAUUACAGAUUCUAAAAUCCUCGAAUGGGAGCGUGGGAGAAAAAGAUGAGAAUAACAGGGAGGAGUCGCCAAAUAGAUCAAGGGAAAAGAAGACUCGUGAUCGAGACGACAUAGGCGAUUCCACGGAUGGUGGCAGAGGUAACAAGCAAUUGGCAAGUUCUACAGAAGAGUCCGAUGACCAAUUUGAAAUGUAUGAUAAGGUCUUACUCUGCCCUCGCUUGAAUCCCAAUUUGCAUCAGGACUCCACACCAUGUCUUGUACAUGAUCCUGAUGCCUCCCCGGCUGGGGCCGACAGGAAAUUGCAGCAGAAUCAAGAUGAGCCCGCAAAAAGGUCCAACGUAGGAGGACGAGGGCGCGUGAAGAAAGAUGGCAUCAAAAAGGAAGUGGUGGAUUUGAGGACACUCCUAUCUCAGUGUGCGCAAGCUGUUUCAAGCGCCGACACCAGGAAUGCCUACGACCUCUUGAGUCGGAUCAAACAACACUCUUCUCCUUACGGGGAUGGAAACGAAAGAUUGGCACAUUAUUUUGCUAAUGCACUUGAGGCGCGUUUGACUGGCACUGGAACAGCAUUAUAUGCUGCUUCCACGACCAAAAGGAUUUCAGCUGCUAAUAUCCUGAGAGCACAUGAGGUAUUUGUCAAAGCGUGCCCUUUCAAUAAGAUGUCUAAUGGGUACGCAAAUAAAUCGAUCGCAACACUAGUUCAGGAUUCACCAAGGCUUCACAUUAUUGACUUUGGUAUCCUAUACGGGUUCCAAUGGCCUUGCCUUAUCCAGAUAUUGUCAAUGAGGCCCAGCGGGCCACCUAGACUUCGAAUUACCGGAAUAGACUUCCCUCAACCAGGUUUUCGCCCAUGUGAAAGGAUUAAGGAAACUGGGCAAAGACUUGCGACAUACUGCGAGAGAUUUGGCGUCCCAUUUGAAUUUACGGCCAUCGCGAAGAAAUGGGAAACUAUCAAUCUUGAUGAUCUCAAGAUCGAGAGCGACGAGGUUCUUGUUGUCAACUGUAUGUGCAGGCUAAGGAACAUGCCAGAUGAGAUGAUGGCAGAGAACUGUCCGCGAGAUACUGUUCUCAACUUGGUGAAGAGGAUCAAUCCGGAUAUGUUCAUCCACGGAAUUAUAAACGGGGCGUAUAAUGCCCCUUUCUUCGUCACACGAUUCAGGGAGGCAAUCUUCUACUUCUCUGCGUUGUUUGAUAUGUUUGAUGCUACUGUAUCGCGUGAAGAUGAAGGGAGGCGGUGUUUCGAGAGAGAGGUGUGGGGAAGGGAUAUUAUGAAUGUAAUUGCAUGCGAGGGUACGGAGAGGGUUGAGAGGCCCGAAACGUACAAGCAGUGGCAAGUUAGGAACUUCCGAGCUGGGUUCAGGCAGGUCCCGUUGAACCAGGAGAUUUUGAAGGAAUUGAGGACCACGAAGAAGUUGUAUUACAAUAAGAAUUUUUCGGUUGAUGAGGAUGGGAAAUGGAUGCUUCAAGGAUGGAAGGGUCGGAUCAUGAAUGCUGUGUCUUGUUGGAAGCCUAUCAACGAGUCAUAGAAUACAGGUCCCUAUUUAGAACUAGUGAAUCACGGUUCUCUAGUACCUUGCAAUAUAGAUAACACUAGUUAUUAUCCUCGGACAAUUUGAGCUUGAAAAUUUUAAUUCUCCCAUGUAAAAUAUCAUGCAAGUGCUUUCAACUUGAUUUUGUCCCGGAUUCCUUUGCUUAAAAUUCUCCUAUGUGGUUAUGAUUAGUAUUUGAAGUUGUAGAAUUCUGAUU